UUUUUUUUGGUCCGAAAGUUGGUGCUUCACACAUGAUAGACUUGCUUGGUCCAGAUUCACUGGUGUCACUUGUAUGGGCAUCUCUUCUCAGGUUGUAACCAUUAUGCUUGACAUAAACCAGAUAAAGCACGACUUUGUAAUUGAAUUUAUAGUCGAUUGUACCUUGAUUUGUACGUUUCUUGGCCGCUGGUUUUGGUUUCAUCCACACAGUAUUUUCAAUUGCUAUUUUCUGCAGUUGCUUUUAAAUAUUUAGUAUGAUGAAAAACUCCAUUUCUGGCCUUGUUUGAAUUAUGAAAUUUUUUGGUCUAAUGAUAGAUGCUUUUUGCGCUAUGCAGAAACUUGCAUGGUCCAGGAUCGCUGGUUUCAUUUCUCUGGAUAAUAUUUUGGCUGGUUUAUUUCUAUUAUGAUUUCUAUCUUAUUUGCUCGUUAGAGUUUGAUUCUGCCUACCGAUGAGUGCAUUUCAUGGGUUGAGCCAUCAAGAUCCAUCCCUGCCUAUAUGUGUUAUCAGCGUUCUGAUGUUAAGUUUAACGUGUACUCGCUAAUCAAAAUUUGUGUAUUAGGUUAUCUAAUUGUCAGUGAUGCUAUUAACUUUAAAUAAUAAUCACAAAACAAUUCAAAGAAUUUAGCAAAGCAGAUUACAGAUAUCACAGUACUCUGCCCAGUCGUCGUCAGUUUUCACUUUUAUGGAAAAGAAAAGUUCUUGCGCUUCUUUUGCUCACUCAGAACAGACUUCAAAAUCUAAGAAUUUUGAAGUGAACUGAUACGUUAAUGGAAUAGUUCACAAAUCGUACUUCUGCAAAUUUUUGCUUGGAUGAAGUGGAAACCUUACAACUCUUUUAACAUAGAUGGACGCUCAUCCAAGAGAGAACUCGAGACACAUCAACGUGUAAAAUCAACCGAUGGACACGUUGACAAUGGCUGCGGAUAGGUUUUCAAGCUUUUGCGUUCAAAGUAGGGAGAAACCUGAAAGAAAUCGUGUUGGGCCAUGCAAGCCAAAUUGUCACCUUCGAUAAAAGAUAAACAGCCAUGGCAUAAUAGGCAUGUCUCUACAAAUGUCACCUCUAAUAAUAGUACACUAAUCCUCAGUAGGAAACAACUUUUUUCCUUAAUUUCAGCAAAAGAUACAAAAUAUGAACUAACAAUGAUGCAAGAAGUUCUUCUGCAAGGUACCAUGAUCUCUAUAAUAACUUACUUCUGUAGGUAUCCUUGACCUGAGAAGGCUUCAGACAACGAGAUUUUACCUUCGGGAUCAUGGGAAUCAGGAGGGUUUCUAUGGUUUCUCUGUUAUUGGCUAUAGUUUUUGGCCUUGCGAAGAGCUUAGAGUUCACAGAAAAAGACCUGUCUUCUGAUGAGCGCUUAUGGGACUUGUACGAACGGUGGAGAAGCUACCACACAGUGUCUAGGGACCUCACCGAGAAAAGAAAGCGUUUCAACGUGUUCAAGGCGAAUGUCCUGCACAUUCACAAGGUGAACCAGAUGGACAGGCCAUACAAGUUGAAACUCAACAAGUUUGCUGAUAUGACCAGCCAUGAAUUCCAGAAUUAUUUCAGUUCUAAGAUAAGACACUACCGGAUGCUUCGAGGCAGUAGGGGUGUGACAGGAUUCAUGCACGGAAAAGCUGAGAACCUGCCAGCGUCCAUUGAUUGGCGAAAAAAAGGAGCUGUCACUGGUAUCAAGGAUCAAGGCAAUUGUGGCAGUUGUUGGGCGUUUUCUGCUGUGGUUGGAGUCGAGGGGAUCAACAAGAUUAAAAGUGGUCAAUUAGUGUCUUUGUCUGAACAAGAGCUGGUCGAUUGUGAAAUGGACAAUGAAGGCUGCAAUGGAGGACUCAUGGAAAAUGCAUUUGAUUUCAUUAAGAAACAUGGUGGGCUGACGACUGAGAGAAUAUAUCCCUACAGAGCCAGAGACGGGAACUGUGAUUCUGCCAAGAUGAAUUUGCCUGCAGUGAUAAUUGAUGGGCAUGAAAACGUACCUGAGAACAACGAGAACGCAUUGAUGAAAGCUGUUGCAAACCAGCCGGUAUCUGUUGCAAUUGAAGCUGGUAGUUCCGACAUGCAAUUCUACUCCGAGGGAGUUUUUACUGGAGACUGUGGCACAGAGCUAAACCACGGGGUAGCGGUCGUUGGAUAUGGAACAACGCUUGAUGGGACUAAAUACUGGAUAGUGAAGAAUUCAUGGGGGACCGAAUGGGGAGAACAGGGUUUCAUUAGGAUGCAACGUGAUAUAGAUGCUGAGGAGGGACUAUGUGGCAUAGCCAUGGAUGCCUCUUAUCCCAUCAAGUCAUCUGCAGACAACCCGAAACCACCAAAGGAUGAACUCUAGAUUUAGGGACAUAUCUAGAAGACAUAUUUCUGCUCAAUUACAUGUCAAGGUCCUAUAUCCUAGUAGAUUCAUAGAUUUCAUCUGUAAGCUCUAUGAUUGUCUCAGUGAAUCUUUUCAAAGUAUGUUUAGAAAGAGAUGCAUUUAAAAUUAAAAUAAAUAUGAAUGGCUUUCUAAGA